AUGUCAACAACACCGAUAAAAGGAUCACCGUUCAAAUCCAGAGUAGUGUCAAUCGAGCCACUAACGCAGGGGAAAUGGAUUCAAACGAGGAAAAUCGACUACACGGACCCCGCGGGUUCCAAAAGAGUAUGGGAAAUGGCGGUUAGAACCUCACGGUCGGAAGCCACCAAUGUCGACGCAGUCUCCAUAGUGUCGAUACUACACCACCACCAGAAACCAAAAGAGUUGGUGCUAGUUAAGCAAUUCCGCCCUCCGACGGAAAAAGUCGUUAUCGAGUUGCCUGCUGGUUUAAUCGACCCCAAUGAAACCGUUGAAACUACAGCCGUGAGAGAAUUGGCCGAAGAGACUGGCUACCAGGGCCAGUUUCGCAAACAGUCGCCCGUGGUGUUUAGCGAUCCGGGAUUGACAAACGCCAACAUGGUUUUAGCCUAUGUCGAUAUCGAUCUCCACGACCAACGCAAUGAAAACCCAAAGCCUCAUCUUGAAGACAGCGAGUUCAUAAUCACAUUUACCUUACCCUUGGACAAUUUGCUCAAUGAAUUGGAGCAAUUGUGCGAAAAGGAAGGUUGCACUGUUGAUGCGAGAUUAUACCACUUUGCCAUGGGGCUAGAAUUAGCUAAAACUCAAUUGUAA